CUGCAUGGAGUUUAAGGAUGAAUAUCUUGUCGGUGGCUCAGUGCAUCAUUCUAUAGAAGUAAAAUGGGUAUACUCUUUUUCUGGAGAAACUGUAGGAUGGUGAUCUUGCAAUAUGCAAUCAGCCUUUUCACUGUCAGUCUGUCAAACCCAAGCGGAACAAAAUUAAACAUCAUGGGAAGCUGCAGACAUCACCACUAGUUGGCGAACGGUAUCGGCUCAGUAUGUGCACAAAGCCACCACUAACUGGUGUAUGCCUUGCCUUGGAUUUUGUUGGGAAGAUUGAUUGGGUUUAGUUAUCUGUUGCUCCAGACCAGACGAUACAGAGCAAGCAAUUAAAAAGAAGUACAAAAAGCUGCAGAUUGGUACAGAAAAACCCAUUUGUACAUCAUUUUUUUGUCUGUUCUUUAAUUCUUAUGAAGCAGUGGAAAAAAAAAUCUCUUUGGGUGAUACCAUAUGUCACAGUUUUAACAUAUUGAGCAAGUUUUAUAUUCCAAUGAAAAACAUAGCAAGAGGACAGAUAUGUUUGUGGUAUGCGGCAGUGCUACCUAUCCUUGAAAUUUUCCAUUGGACAGCCAUUUGUUGGAGCUCUGCAUGUCAGUGGCUGCUGAGUUCGAGCCGUCAAUUGAAACAAGUCGGCAACCUCUUCGUGAUGGAGCAUCGUAGAUUGGUUUGCAAGGUGACAUGAAUUUUUUGAACUCAAUUGAGGUCAGGUUUGCUUUGGGUUGAAGAAUUGGGGUGAUUUGGGUAGAUCAGGAGAUGUUUGGUUGAUUGGAUUGGUUCUGGGACGUAUAGUUUGCUAACAUAGGUGGGUCUGGAAACAGUCUAGUUUUUUAGGCAUUAGCAGGUCUAGUCCAAAUAUGAAGUUAUUGUGACAUUCUACCAAUUCUUUUCCCUACCUUUGAAGGACAUCUUGAGUGGGAUAACUUUAAUUUACAGAACAUGGUAAAUUUAGGUUCAAGAUGGAUUUACAAAAGUAUUUUCUGUGACCCAGGGAGUCUUCAUACGACUGCUUCGAGUGGCAAGAAACUUGAGAGCAGAACAAGAUCAAAUCCAUGCAUUGGCAUGUACUCCAUUUGUAGGAAUGCUUUUUUUUUUGCCGAUUCAUACUUUGGAAGCCCAUUCGAGGAACAGGUGUGAUAUCACCUUUGAGGAUGCAGGUGUGAUGAUACAAGCUGAAAACCACUACUGACGAGCGGCCGAAGAUUUACAUGGAGAACGUAGCUCAAGGCAGCAAAACUGAAGGAACCUUUGAUAGCGACAAGAGGAGAAUAAUGAGCGGAGAGAGUCCAAUUUCAUGUGUAAUUCUUUCGACAUGAAUUUUGCAAAAGGAGUCCAAUUUGGCUUUGAUUUGGGAGAAACGAAUUCGUACAUUCGGAACUACGCGAACAUGCAUGUCAGAUGAAGGCGGGGCCGUCCUUUCUGUUAACAGACAGUAAAUUUCAAGAUGUCAAAUAUACGAGUUUCAACACAAAUCCUACAGAGUUUCUGCUACAGGAAAGUGAUUUUCACCGUUGUACAGAGUUUCUGCUACGGCAUUGGUAUAUUCUAUCCUUUUUUAAAAAAAAUUAAUUAAAAAUUGAUACUAGCAACCUACUCCAGUCCUGAUCCGAGUUUGUGUCUAAUCCAGUAGUAUUGUUAUAUUUUGGAUCGAAAAAGAGUAGAUUUUCUGAAUAUAGCUUAUUUUCAGCUGGUAUCUUAUCCAUACAGACCACCAAAUUAUCAAAAUCUUCGGAAUCUGAAAAAACCCCAACCCAAACAAAGCAUCUCGUGUCCCUAUCUUUCGGGUCAUUUGAAACUGGAGCGAAUAACCUCUCGACUCCAAUUUCCACACAACCCACCAAAAAGUCUCCGCCACUUCACCCCGAUCGCCGCCGCCGCCGCCGCCGCUCGAUUCCCCGAUGGCCGCGGAGCCGGAGGAGCGCCUCGACGUCCUCACCGCCGGCGGCGAGAAGACAGGCGCCUCCAAGGCCAGGUCGGAGGUGCACAGGGACGGCGACUACCACCGGGCGGUGCACGUGUGGAUCUACAGCGAGAGCACCGGGGAGCUGCUGCUGCAGCGCCGCGCGGACUGCAAGGACACGUGGCCCGGCCAGUGGGACAUCUCCAGCGCCGGCCACAUCUCCGCCGGCGACUCCUCUCUCUCCUCCGCGCAGCGGGAGCUCGAUGAAGAACUAGGCAUCAAACUUCCAUCUGAUGCUUUCGAGCUGUUAUUUGUUUUUCUUCAGGAAUGUGUUAUCAACAAUGGCACAUACACCAACAAUGAGUACAAUGAUGUUUAUCUUGUGACUACUUUAACUCCAAUUCCACUUGAGGCAUUCACUCUCCAAGAAAGUGAAGUAUCUGCGGUUAGGUAUAUGCAUCUUGACGAGUACAAGAGCUGCCUUGCAAAAGAAAGCGGAGAAUAUGUGCCUUACGAUGUGAAUGGGACAUAUGGCCAACUAUUUAGUAUUAUUGAAGAAAGGUACAAAGACAAUAUCGAAUCCCGCAGUUUAACCUUGCAAAAGCAAAUCAACCGUUAUGCUCCCAUCCAUUUGGAACCAGAGUUGACUAGUCUAUCAGAAGGAGACAGGGAAGCCUUGGGAUAUAUUCUUAAAGCAUCAAUAGUUAUUGAUGACAUCUUUUAUGAGCAGGUUUGGAAUAGCAACUGCACGCUGAGAGACUGGCUGAAAGCACGUGCUAACUACUCUUCUUUUGAUAAGUUGAAGUGGUUGUAUUAUUCCAUUAAUAAGAGUCCAUGGUCCUGCCUUGAUGAAAAUAAGGCUUUUCUAUCGACUGCAGAUUCUGCUGUGAAAUUACUCACAGAUGCCACCAAAUCAGUUUCAGGAUGGAAGGGGAUUGAGUAUCGUGCUGCAUUUCCUCGAGAUAAUCCUCCCGGGGCAAACUUUUAUCCUCCUGAUAUGGACAAAAUGGAGUUUGAAUUAUGGAAAAAUGGACUGCCUGAAAAGGAGCAAAAAUAUGCAACUGGAUUUUUUACUGUCAUAAAACGGCAUGAUGCCUUGUUGCCUUCAAUACUAGCGCAGUCAGAUGGAUCAAAUCAAACCAAGACAUCAGAUGAUCUUUUCGUUGUUCCAUACUCUGAGGAGUACAAAUCAUCCCUUGAGAAAGCUGCUGAGCUUCUUCAUAAAGCAUCUGAAUGUUCUGAUUCUCCAAGCCUCAAGAAUUUGCUCAAAACCAAGGCAAAUGCUUUCCUUUCAAAUGAUUACUAUGAAUCUGAUAUAGCUUGGAUGGAGCUGGACUCCAACUUGGAUGUCACUAUUGGCCCAUACGAGACAUAUGAAGAUGGUCUUUUUAGUUAUAAGGCAACCUUUGAAGCAUUUGUUGGUGUACGGGAUGACAUUGCCACUUCUCAAGUUAAACUCUUCGGUGAUCAACUCCGGGAUUUAGAGAAGCAUCUUCCACUGGACAACAUUUACAAAUCCGACAAUGUAUCUGCUGCUCCAAUUCGCGUUAUCAAUCUUCUGUACAACUCUGGGGAUGUGAAAGGCCCACAAACUAUUGCUUUUAAUUUGCCCAAUGAUGAGCGGAUUGUGAAUGAACGAGGGACCUCGAUGGUUAUGCUUAAGAACAUUUCAGAAGCUAAGUUUAAGCAUAUCUUAAAGCCUAUAGCUAAUGCUUGCAUCAGAGAGGAACAGGAAGAUUAUGUUGAUUUUGAGCCUUAUUAUACACAUAUUGUUUGCCAUGAAUGCUGCCAUGGAAUUGGUCCUCAUUCCAUAACCCUUCCAACUGGUAAAAGAUCAACAGUUAGAAUGGAACUUCAAGAAUUUCAUUCAGCAUUGGAGGAGGCCAAAGCUGAUAUAGUUGGUCUAUGGGCACUGAAUUUUCUUAUUAAAAAGGGUUUACUUCCUAAGAGCCUAUCAGAAUCCAUGUAUGUCUCAUUCCUGGCUGGAUGCUUCCGAUCGAUCCGCUUUGGACUAGAAGAAGCUCAUGGAAAAGGGCAAGCUUUGCAGUUUAACUGGUUGUAUGAGAAAGGGGCUUUUGUCUUGCAUUCUGAUGGAAAAUUCUCAGUUGAUUUCACAAAGGUUGAGGACGCUGUCGAGAGUCUCAGUAGAGAGAUCCUGACAAUACAAGCAAAGGGCGAUAAGCCUGCUGCCCAGUCUCUUCUGCAGUCCCAUGCAAGCUUGACGCAACCACUGCGUGUGGCGCUGGACAAAAUAGAACACAUGCAGGUGCCUGUUGAUAUCACUCCUAUAUUCGGCACAGCAAAUAAGCUGCUUGCAAACGAUCAGUAGGGUGCUCGGUUUAGCAAGCUACGUGCUUCAGUGGAACUCUGCAAGAAAACGUAUUUUGUUCGAUCCUAAGAUACUCCAUGACAAGAAAAGCGAAACGGGAAGUUAGGAAUAAAUGGACAAGUUAUCCAUAAACAAUAAUGUUCAUGUCUUAUUUUUAUAUUUAUUACGUCUUUGAUUGCGAGAAGACCCCUUGUAAUAUUUCAGGAUUAUCAUCAGACUGCUGUUGUUCUAUGGUGCAUGAGAUGACCGGGGAAAUCACGUGAAACUACACUGGAUAGCAGUAAUACACUGAUCGUUCUGUCCA